GUUAAACAAACACCAGGACCGAAUGUGAAGCUACAACAAGCUCGGACAUUUUUUGCAGCGUGCCCCCGCUCUCUCACUCAGUGGUCGUUUGAAACUCUGACACGAAAGGAGAUGUCCACGAUUCACACAUCUUGAACCAGAUCAGGUUAAUAUCAAAAGUGAUAAAUCGUCCCAAACUUUUUCUGGCACUUGCUGCCGGCAGAUUUCGGGGCUGUGCGCAUGUGCGAAGGUGUCCAGACUGACAAUGCUGGAGAGAUAGCGCGUUUGGAUUGAGAAACCCAGAGAAAAAGGACAGAGAAAAAACAAAAAGGAGGAAAAAAGAUCCAAGAAAAAAUCCAAACAAACCCACGCCGAGAGACUGGCACCAUGAGGUCCAAAGGCAGGGCACGGAAACUGGCCACGAGUGAAGGUGACGAUGAGUUCGCCCUUUACCCAUCUGACAUCUUAGACGAUGUAUGCGGCUCUGAUGGUGAUCCUGCGCCUUCUUCGGCCCUGGCAGAGGACCCAGCGUCCCCUCCACUCUCUGAUGAUGAGGCUUCACCCCAGCACCCUUUGUCAUUCCAACACCAGAGCAUGUUUUUAUCCCAAGAAGAUUUGACCAUUCCCCUGGACUUUGAACUUCGAGAGUCAGCAGUUCCAGGCGGAGGCCUGGGCAUCUGGAGCCGCAGAACGGUAAACAUCGGGGAGCGCUUUGGACCAUAUGAAGGAGAACACAGGCCUUGUCUGCAAGACCCCACUCAAGGCUGGGAGAUCUUCUACAAAGUCACCAGAGAGAUUUUCCCCGGUGAAGAGCUGCUACUUUUCAUGAAGGCUGAAGAGUAUUCAUGUGACACCAUGGCUCCUGAUAUUCAUGAGGAGAGGCAGUACCGCUGUGAGGACUGUGACCAGCACUUUGAGUCCCGCAACCAGCUGUUGGACCACCAGAAGCAGCCAUGUGGGAUGCCCCCCUCCUCCUUCCUUAACCCAGGAGGAGACAGUGACUUGAAGGCCCAGGAACCUCAAGACUUGCUACCCCUCCACAUGUCCCAUGGUUUACACGAGUGUAAGGAGUGUGACCAGGUAUUCCCCGAUGUCCAGAGUCUGGAGGCCCACACUCUCUCCCACUCUGAGGAGAGGGAAUAUAAGUGUGACCAGUGUCCUAAGGCCUUCAACUGGAAAUCAAACCUGAUCCGACAUCAGAUGUCGCACGACAGUGGCAAACACUAUGAAUGUGAAAACUGCUCAAAGGUGUUCACAGACCCCAGUAACCUGCAGAGGCACAUCCGCUCACAGCACGUCGGGGCGCGGGCCCACGCCUGCUCUGACUGCGGCAAGACGUUUGCAACGUCUUCAGGCCUCAAGCAGCAUAAGCACAUCCACAGCAGUGUCAAGCCCUUCAUGUGCGAGGUAUGCCACAAGUCCUAUACCCAGUUCUCCAAUCUGUGUCGCCACAAGCGCAUGCACGCUGACUGCCGUACACAGAUCAAGUGCAAGGACUGCGGGCAGAUGUUCAGCACCACAUCCUCCCUCAACAAGCACCGGCGCUUCUGUGAAGGGAAGAACCAUUUCACAGCAGGGGGAUUGUUUGCCCAGGGUAUGCCCCUCCCUGGCGCCCCUGGCUUGGACAAAUCAGCUCUGGCAAUGGGCCACAGCAGUGCUGGGCUGGCUGAUUAUUUUGGGGCCAGUCGCCACCAUAGCGGGCUUACCUUCCCUGCUGCCCCAGCAUUUCCCUUCAGCUUCCCUGGCCUCUUCCCGUCUGGACUCUACCACCGGCCACCGCUCAUUCCUGCCACCUCUCCUGUCAGACAACCAGCCCAUGCACAUGUUGCUGGGCACGGUGCAGAGCUGAGUAAGAGUCCACUGCUGCCUCCAAGCCCUGGAGUUCAGGAGUCCAGAGAGCUCCUCAAGGCUCUCCGUAAAGAAGGUGGUGCUCCUGGCAAUCAGAUCCCAGGUUCAGAGCUCCACCCCCAGAGCUCCUCAUCCUCCACAAAGCAGCGGAACAAACAGAGUGACCAGUCCGAGAGCAGCGACCUGGACGAUGUCAGCACGCCCAGUGGGAGUGACCUGGAGAGCACAUCAGGGUCAGAGCUGGAGAGUGACAUGGACAGUGAGAGAGAAAGGGGGGCUGCUCGAGAGAAUGGCAAAGGCCCCAAGAGGAAGGCCAGUGAAGGAGGCCUCCAGAGCCCCAGCCUGACAGGCAGCAGUGCUGCUAAAGACUUUCCGGGCCCUUCCCUCAUCCCAUCCUCGCUGGACGAGCACACGGCCGUAACAGGGGCUGUAAAUGACUCUAUUAAGGCCAUUGCCUCCAUUGCUGAGAAGUACUUUGGUUCCACAGGGCUGGCUGGUCUGCAGGACAAGAAGGUGGGGUCUCUGCCGUACCCAUCCAUGUUCCCACUGCCUUUCUUCCCAGCUUUUUCUCCUCCAGUUUACCCUUUUCCAGACAGGGACCUAAGACCUCCAGGCCUGAAGGGCGAGCCACAGUCUCCAGCAGAUGACUGCAAGAAGGCCCAGGGCAAAUCUUCGUCCGAGUCACCAUUUGAUCUCACUACUAAGCGAAAGGAGGAGAAGUCGGCCACAUUUGCCCACUCCAAACCAGAGGCUUCCCAUUCCACUGGUCAGGAUCAGCCGCUAGACUUGAGCCUGGGGUCUAGGGGCCGUGGACGCAACCCAAGAGAGGAGGAGACAAAAAAUAACCUGGGGUAUGAGGAGGAGAAGGCAGUGGUGGAGAUUCCGAAAGCUGACACUUCCUUACAGCAUGCCAGGCCCACCCCUUUCUUCAUGGACCCCAUCUACAGGGUUGAGAAGAGGAGAAUGAGCGAUCCGUUUGAGACUCUGAAAGACAAGUACAUGCGGCCAGCUCCAGGCUUCAUCUUCCAUCCACAGUUUCGUUUGCCAGAUCAGAGAACUUGGAUGUCAGCCAUUGAGAACAUGGCAGAGAAGCUGGAGACGUUUGGCUCCCUGAAGCCAGAGUCUGGUGACCUGCUGCGCUCCGUCCCCUCCAUGUUUGACUUCAGAGCCCCGCCCUCUGCACUUCCAGAGACGCUGCUGCGCAAGGGCAAGGAGCGCUACACAUGCAGAUAUUGUGGGAAAAUAUUUCCACGCUCUGCCAACCUGACCCGCCACCUCAGGACUCAUACAGGAGAACAACCAUACAGGUGUAAAUACUGUGACCGCUCCUUCAGCAUCUCCUCCAACCUGCAACGUCACAUUCGGAACAUCCACAACAAGGAAAAGCCCUUCAAGUGCCACUUGUGUGAUCGUUGCUUUGGUCAGCAGACCAACCUCGACCGUCACCUCAAGAAGCACGAGAACGGCAACCUGUCAGGCACUGCAAUGUCGUCCCCACAGUCUGAACUGGACAGCGGCAGUGCCAUAUUGGAUGACAAAGAAGACUCUUAUUUCAAUGAAAUAAGAAAUUUCAUCAGCAACACAGGCCAGAACCAGACAUCACCAGACCCCUCUGAGGAAGGGUUAAAUGGCGGCCCAUUUGAGGAAGAAAAGCCGCUGAUGGCCAGCCACGGGUCACGUGACCUGGAAGACGAGGAAGCAGAGGAGCUUGGUGCUGAUGAAGAAGAAGGGGAAGAGCCUAGCAACACCCCAGGGAAACCAGAAGGCAAGGUGCUUCCUAGCAGCCUUAGUGAUGACAUACAAGACGAAAUGGACUUCAACGGGCCGAACGACUUAAACCUUAAAACCUCUCCUGGGAGGUAUAAGGAUGAGGAGGAGCAGAGUGGCUACUCAGCCUUGGAUCAUAUUCGUCACUUUUCGGAAAUGCGCAAGCUGGAGGAGAGCGAGCUGAGCGAGGGAGAUGGUGAUGAGGACGAUGAUUCGUUUGGCUCCCCCUCCCUGACUGAGGCCGUCAAACAGCCUCUCUUUAGGAAAUCUAAGUCUCAGGCGUAUGCCAUGAUGCUGUCUCUGGCUGAAAAGGACUCUCUCCACCCAGCCUCCCACAACCCGGCCACCAUGUGGCACAGUCUGGCACGGGCUGCUGCUGAAUCCAGUGCCAUCCAGUCCCUCAGCCAUGUAUGAUGACACCCCUGCGCUUUCCCUGUCACCUUUCAACCCCCAAACCUGACCUAUGGCACUGGGAGCCCAUUGCAGGGGCUAUGUGCGGGGCCCCUGAUCGUCCACAGAGUGACUGCUGAGCAGAACCACGGCCCAUCUGACUGCUGAGCAGAGCGCCUUACACACACAGCAAGGGUCACUGUCCAUGCAGAACCCAGCCACCCCCCCCCCCAAAAAAACCC